UCCGGCAGAGGGCGCUGAUGUCAAACCACGCGCUUUAGCAGCUACAGAAGGACAAUGUAGUUAGUUGUGAGUCAAUCCUCGGCACAGAGGACAUUAAACAACGCAACACAGCAGUGAUGACUGAUAGCCGAGCUCUGGAGGAACUGCGUAAUAAAUGUUGACUGUUGAUCCGAGAACUUCUGGAAGCAUCGAGCGAAGAAGAAGCCAAAGCAGAGCAAUCAGGAGAUGAUCCGGAGUCGCGCUGGUUUCGCUUACACUCGACGCGGAGCAGCACGGUCCGCAGCGAUGCAGUGAGGAUGGGUGCUGUUGUUGUGGCGAGGCAGGCCGGCGCAGGCGGUUGAGCACCGGAAGAAUGCACUUAUCCAAUGUCUGCACCAACAAAAUCUGCUUUCUGCUUUCCCUGGCGCUCUGUGCCCUUCUGGUGCUCCUCAUUCCCUCCUUACAGCCUCCUCCGCGUCAGACGGAUCUGCCCAGGCCCGCCGGAGCCGGACGCAGGAGCCCCGGCCAAAGAAGCCACGAUGCCAAGGACGGCGCUCUCAUUCGCCCGCCGCACACCCGCUCCCCUGGGCCCCGAUCCAAAGACUCCUCUUUAGAUUUCAGAGACGUUUUUAUUGCUGUUAAGACCACUAGGAAAUAUCACAAGUCCAGACUGCAGCUCCUGUCCCAGACCUGGGUGUCCAAAGCCAAGGAACAGACGUUUAUCUUCACUGAUGGAGAGGACAAGGAGCUCAGACAGAAAGCAGGGCUCAACAUCAUCAACACCAACUGCUCGGCGGCGCACACGCGUCAAGCUCUGUGCUGCAAGAUGUCUGUGGAGUAUGACAAGUUCAUCGAGUCACAGAAAAAGUGGUUCUGUCACGUGGAUGAUGAUAACUAUGUGAUCCUGCCCAGUUUGCUGGAGCUGCUGUCAUCUUAUUCUCACACUCAGGACGUUUAUCUGGGCCGACCCAGUCUGGAUCAUCCCAUAGAGGUUUCUGAGAGGGUCAAGAGCGACGGAUCGGUCUCGGUGAAGUUCUGGUUUGCCACCGGAGGAGCUGGAUUCUGCAUCAGCCGAGGCUUAGCGCUCAAAAUGAGUCCAUGGGCAAGUCUCGGAAACUUCAUCACGACAGCAGAGAAGAUCCGUCUCCCGGAUGACUGUACGGUGGGUUAUAUCAUCGAGGCUCUGCUGGAGGUCUCUCUGACUCACACAGGCCUGUUCCACUCUCACCUGGAGAACCUGCAGAGACUCCCCACGGACAGCUUACUCCAGCAGGUGACCCUCAGUUACGGUGGGUUCGAGAACAGGAGGAACGUGGUCAGUGUUGGAGGAGCGUUCUCAUUGGCUGAAGACCCGACACGGUUUAAAACGGUUCACUGCCUGCUCUACCCGGACACAGAGUGGUGUCCACCCAAGACUCGUCACUGACCUCUGAGAUACGAAUUCUGCUUUCCAGAAAACUCUUCAUACCAAAAUAAUACCUAUGUAAGGAAUAGUUCACCCAAAAAUAAACAUUUGUGAAAGUUUUCUCACCCUCAGGCCAUCCAAGGUUAGGAUGAGUGUGUUUCUUCAUCAGAUUUGGAGAAAUGUAUGAUUGCAUCAGUGUCUCUGCAGUGAAUGGGUGCCGUCAGAAUGAGAGUCCAAACAGCUGAUAAAAGCAUCACAAUAAUCCAUGCAACAAAUCACUUUGGGCUGUUUUGGUUUGUAAAUGGUGUUGAUCUGUGCAGAUUUCUCUCCUGAUUCAGACCAGAUGGCUGCUUUAUUUAUUGUAGAACGCAAUAUUAUGGCUAGAGGACCUAUAUUCAGGGAUGUGAUUUGAGCAUUUCUGUAGUAAAUGUACAAAGUCACAAUCCGUGUACCAUUAAAAGCGGUUUUACUAUGAUUAGAGCAGCAGGAAGCGCGUGAGGUUGCCGUGGCAACCAGAUACAUUGCAUGCAAAUUACUUGUAAAGGCUGCGCUGUCUAUUUCUGCUGCACUAGCAAUGCACCAUAAACAUGUUUGCAACAGAAUCGCAAAGUAGAUUUUAAGCAAAUCAACGAGUGAAUUAUUUAAAACGGAUAUCUGUUGGACAUUAUUCAAGUUAAACGCGCAGGCACACAAACACAUUUAGCAACGUUAAAUCUUGCUGUAAAUGGCCAAUUAAGCAGUUUAUAUUCUGAAAUAUAUUUCUAGGUUUUGUUCUGUGUAUAUUAAAUUGCAUUCGGAUGUAAAUGGUCCUUUUCCUGACAUGAAUGUAAAACACUGAGCUGCUAAUAGAGCGUCCUGUGGAUCACCUUUAUGAGGCUGUCCGGGUCUGGAGUCGGGCAUCUAGCUUCAUGUCUUUAUUUUGGUUCGGUUCAGAUUCCUCUGCAGUUGUUGUAUGUUGUUUAAAAAAAAAAAAAAAAGCCACAGUCUCCGCCUAUGUGAUUGGCAUAGGUCUGAGUUUGUUUUUGUGGGGUUUUUUUGGGAUUGCUAGUGCUGUCAUAAAAUUCCCAACGGUUGUGACGUAAUUAUACUGUUACAGUAUAAUGUCUGCUGUUACAGUACUGUUAUUAGUUUCGCUUCACUGUUAGUGCUAGCUGCGCUGCGCUUGAGCCGCUUUCAUUUGCAUUUGGGAACGCAACAUUCGUUAUUAGAAACGUUUAUAAACCUGUUGUUGUAUACAAAGAGAAGUUUCAGUGUCACAUGAUCUUCAGAAAUCAUUGUAAUAUGCUGAUUUGCUGCUCCAGGAACAUUUCUGAAAACAGUUUUGCUGCUUAAUAUUUUUGUGGAAACAAUGAUACCACUCAAACAUUGUAUAAGAUUAAAAAAAAAAAAAAAAAGAGAUACAUGAAAUAUGAUACAUGAAAGUGAUAAAAAGUGAGUGAAGACGUUUAAAAUUAUUUCUAUUUAAUAAAUGCAUUGACAAAUUUAAUCAAUAUAAUAUAUUAUAGUACUUUUAUUAUAAUGUAUUAUCAUGAUUAUUAAAUGCUGCUUUUUAUUUUUUACAGGACAACAGUAUGUAUUACAAUAUAAGAUAUAUCUUUAAUGUGCUAAAAUAUAUAUUUUUAAUAGUAAGUGCUGGGGGUGUGGCUUGUGGGCGUGACUUGGGGCGUGGUCAGAUUUUCCUUCUUGUUUGUCUCUAGCUGAUUACAUGCCUGUAUAUUUUAACUAGAAACUGGUCAAAAACGUCUUAAUGCUGGAUGUGUUUCAGCUUUUGUCUUCUCCAGAUGUUAACUGAUGGACUGGAGUGCUGUGGAUUAUUGUGAUGUUUUUAUCAGCUGUUUGGACUCUCAUUCUGACGGCACCCAUUCACUGCAGAGCAUCCAUUGCUGAGACACUGAUGCAGAGACACAUUUCUACAAACCUGAUCUCGGAUGACUUGAGGGUGAACACAUCUUCAGCUAAUGUUCAUUUUUGGCUGAACUAUUCCUUCAAGUAGUUUUUGCUUGGUACUUUUUACAUUUAUAUAGUUAAACAGGGUGUCUGUAAUUUAUUAAAUGCAUUUUUUUUCUGAAAUAUGUGGGUUUUUUGAGAAUUGCCAAGUGAUUUAGACACAUCGAAUCCCUGUUGUAAGAGCGUUUUGACAGGAUUGCGCAGUCUCUCAGAUUUACUGGGGGAUUUUUUUUUUUGUUUAAAUGAUUCAAGACACAUUUCUGUGGCUUUGACAUCAUCUUUAUAGAGUCAUCUUUUUUCUUUGGGCCGUAAUAUGCCCACAAAAGCCUUUAAAUGUGUGUGCGAAAUGCCUCUGAGGAUGAGAAAAACAGUAUUGAUGCAGUUUUAUAGUAUUGUGUUUUCCAGAUUUCUGCAGCCCAGCUCAUCUACUGCCAUUGCCUUUCAGCUCGUGUUAUUCUCCGUUCAUAAAUUGACUGCAGUUGCACUCAGUACAUCUCUAGAUCUGCAUUCAAACGCUGUUGUUUGGAGUCGAGCAGUUGGAUAUAUAUAUAUAAGACGACCAAAAAGCAAUUGUAAUCAGUCCAAGUUUUAAUAAUUUAUCCGAUCAUAGUUGAAUGCAUUGACUUAUUGCCAUGGAAACACCGGUGUGAGUGUGGUGAUCAGAACACGAGUGUUUAAAUGUUGUUUAAUAUGCUGAUCCUUCUGAUAUUUGCACAAACACGUUCCUCACUGCAGGCCAGUGGUUUGCGUAAACAUGCCAAAACUACACUAUGGUUUCUCUUUCUUUAACAGUGACAAACAUAUUGCUCUGUCGACAGUAACAAAUACUGUUGCAGUUGAUUAUUUUUUUUGCACCUGUUUUUUUUUUUUUUAUCUGAUAAACUGAU